AUGUCUUGUGAAAAUAUUUGUAAUUUGGGCUUUGGAAAUGACAUAAAUCCAUCUAGUGUUAAACUUUCCUUUACUGGAAAUGAUGGUGAUCUUAGAAUCACUUGGAACACAGUAGAUAUUUCCCAAACCCCUUCUAUAUUGUUUGCUACAGAAUAUUUUACACCAAAUGGCGAUGAAAUUUUCAUUGGAGUGGAGGGUACUUCAGAUACCUAUUCAAUUAACAAGGGUUGGAGUGGUUAUGUAAAUACAGGAGUUUUAAGAGGUCUGGAAUCUUACACCACCUACUAUUAUGCAGUGGGUGAUAAGAAUCAAGAUAUUUGGUCUCCAACCUACAAUUUCACAACUGGAGUCUUAGUGUACCAAAGAAGUGUAAAUCCACAUAGUAUAGUGUGCUAUGGAGAUAUGGGAGAUGCUGGUGGAAACGAAGAGACGAUUCAAAAUAUCAUGCAGAAUAUCGACAACUAUUCAAUGGUGCUUCAUAUUGGUGAUAUUGCCUAUGCUGACAGCUCCAAGAAAGGACACCAAUCUACUUGGGAUAGCUUCCUCAACCAAAUCAACCCAAUCUCAUCACAUGUCCCUUACAUGGUCUGUCCAGGAAAUCAUGAUACUUUCGCCAAGGGUGUGGUCUAUAAGCAAACUUUCAACAUGCCAGGCAAACACAACAGUUAUUCCUAUAAUAUAAAUGGAAUCCACUAUGUUUCUUUUUCUACAGAAGAUGACCAUUUGGAAGGAUCUCACCAAUACAAAUGGAUUGAAAAAGAUCUGAAACAUUUCAGAGCCGAAAAUCCAGAUGGUUGGCUAGUUGUUUGGGCUCAUCGUCCUCUUUAUUGUUCAAGCUCGAAGAAAUGGUGUUCACAUGACGAAAAUCGUUUAUACUAUGCGAAAAUCUAUGACCAUCUGUUUAGAAAAUAUAAUGUUGAUAUCUUUGUAUCAGCUCACACUCAUAGUUAUGAACGUACUUUACCAGUUUAUAAUCAAGAAGUACAUGGUACUUAUGACAACCCUAAAGCAACUGUACAUUUUAUCAUUGGAACUGCAGGAAAUAGAAGUGGAAAUGUAAAAGGAUGGGAGAAGGUACCUGUUUGGUCUGAUGGACCACGAAUUGAAAAGAAUGGAUUUGGUGUGAUAAAUUUCGCAAAUGAAACACAUCUCCAAUGGCAAUUUAUUGAAAACUCGAAAAACCAAGUUAAAGAUGAGGUUUGGGUCACUAAAGGAUAUUUUAACAAAUAA